GCCGUCGCGGUGUCACGUUUCAGUGCCUAGAAUCGUAAACGCAAACACAACAAACUCUCCACGGGGCCACUCCACCAAAGCGAACCACUCUGCGUGUAGUGAUUUAAACGCUAGAGCUCUUACGGGGAUUUACUAUAGUACAAGCGACGUUCGAGCCAAAGCGCAGGGAUGCGCUGCAGUCAAGUAAUCAACGGGACAAGAGUCAAGGGAGUCAUCAAAACAUGUUUGAGCUGUGCCAGAGUACCUGCCGCUAAGUAGUCGAUAGCGGUUUAAGUGAAGAGGGCGAACAUUGUUACCAGGAAAUUAUAAUGGGACAAGAACAUAGCUCGGUUUUGUGGCCAACGAAAGUUUCAGAUAGAUACAGAUACUUUACUGAGAAGUGAGAUCAGUUGAACUGGCUGUAUAGACAUUAAUAAACAUCAAGUUCGAAUUAAUGUUGGUCUAACAAAGUCAUUAUAUACCUUACAGAGUAUAGCCUAUAUCUUACAGAAUACAACUCGAUCCAUUAAAGUCAAUUCUGUAUAUAUAGAUUGAUUUUGAAGGGAUUUUGAAAGUGUUUAAACUUAGCCAUGUAUGAAACUUUGUCGUGAAAAAGUCUUUUCUUGAAUACAAGAAUGGCGCCAGAUCCAAUAAUGUCAUCAACCCACCACAUGAGAGGCGCAUGUACUAAACGUCAUAAAAGCGGCGCACGUCAUCACCGUGGGAAAACUGCUCGAAACAAGAAAAAGAAGGCAUGGGCUUUGUUCUCUCGCUGGGAAGGUGAUGACGUCACUGAUGACGAAACGGAUUUCUUGCAAUUUUGUAAAUCCAGAGGUUUGGCGAGAGUACCCACUGCCCCUCCUCUGACGACACAAUCUUCUUGUCCGAAUCUAGACGUCAGUAAAAACCAUCAGCGACGAACUGUAGCGACGGCUGGUGUACAAGCUUCAAGACAACAAAAGGCUGAGACGAGCAGCAUAAUGUCAGAUAUGGCUAAGAUGGUAAAUGCGGAAAGCAAAUAUAUAGAAAUGCUUUGUUCCACUUUAGUAGAUAAACGGAAGUUCCUCCGAGAUAGUGAAAAUCGCCCACCUACCCCUAACGAUUCAACCGUCGCUGCUGAAAAUCUAAAAAAGCCUGAAAUAACACUGAACACAACUGCUAACAAAAUUGUUCGGGUACCACCUGCAACAGGUGAAAUUGGUAAACCUAUUAGUAACACCAAUGCGAUCGGGGAAAAGGAAAAUACAGAGUCAGAUUCAAAUUCCAGCGGUUCGUCGUCAAAAAGUAACUCCAAAUUCCCGAAGAUUUUUAUGCGCAAUGAGCGAGAACCUGCAGCGUCAUGUUCGAGCCCGAUUAGCAAUGUAUCCAAAACAAAACUCGUCUAUAUUUCGAACUCAAACGAAACUAAGCGAAUUCCAGCGCGCCGGCCGCCCCGACAGUGGACCGCCGAGGUGGAAAAUGAAAUUAUGCGGCUUUAUGAGAACGGUGCGCCGGGAACUGGACUUGGAUCCGUCGAUGUUAAGCCACAGCCCAGACCGAUGUCAAAUGUACGCGACCAGGUGGAAUCAAAAUUGAACAACGCGGACCACACGCCAAGUUAUGUUCUAGCACUUGCGAAUCUCUUCCGUAGGCGAAUGCAGAUUCGUAAGGAAUUCAAGCAAGUAGCAGGUGAUAUGAUUGACAGCUCACUAAAGGGAUCAGCGGUUCCAUAUCUCGCCAACAAUUCCUUUCCUCAACAAUCGCCGAAAAGUGCCGCUGCGAAAAACCCGCUAACACUGACUAAUGACGCGCCACAACCGGUGUCAUUCCGUUAUCAUCACGUGACUUCAGAAGCGACAGCGGCUCAAGAUUCCCCCAAAGUAACACGUACACCAACGCCUAAAAACCCACUGGCAUUUUGUUCGUUUUCCAGUCCGAUCGUUACUGGGAUAGCAGACAAUACACUUAUUCAGAAUGAAGAUAAAGGAAACGAAAUUUCUCCCAAAGAAAGUGUUUCUACUAGCAAGUUACAUGACCUGGAUAAGAAAGAAGAAAAGAUAAAAUCUGAAGACUUAAACAAUCUUUUGACCGUUUUCCCAAAACCGCCUCAGUUCAAGUUUUCUGGUAUCCAAGCCUUGCCCGGGACGCACGAGGGUAAAGAUAAACUGAAGGUUCGGACCGAGCAUGGCAGCAAAUCAAGACCAGGCGAAAUUGCAAGAAAAGGCCAACCAGUCGGGAAAAGAUCUGUGCAGUCUGCAAGUGCGCCACAAGUAAGAAUCGGUUUGACUUCUGGGUCCAUUCCCGCUCAGAAACAAUCCCCUAUCUCUUCAAAAUCGUUUGAGCUUUCAUCGAUGCCAACACAAAUGCGCGAAAACGAAGUGUUCGUACCACAGAACAAACGCAUAGUCGACAGCGAACUGGACUUCGCUAUUGUACCGAUGACUAAAGUUAGAUGGUCAGGGUCACUCGGAACCCUAUACGCGAAAUCAAAGCCUAAUGAACAAAGCAAUAUAAUGCAUUCUACUGAAGUUAACGAUCCGAUAUUGUCGAGCAGUGAUGCACGUAAAAUAACCAACGACCGCCUUGACCAGUCUAAUUUAAUGAGCAUAUCUCCGAUUGAGAAACACAGUAAAGGCGCAGUGGUCAGUUAGCGAUCAAACGGUUGAAUAAAAAUCGUAUUCGAUGUUGAUUUUUUUAUAUUAUUCGACAAAUACACAAUUCUCUAUAUUAUUUCCUCUUUACAUGCCUAAAAAUAUACCAUCCUGGUUCC